AUGGGCUUCUUCAACAGCCUGAGCGGCAACUGGCUGGUUGCCGCCAUCACCGUGGUCAAUGCGGUCUCCAUGUCAUGGUUCGGCUAUGACCAGGGCGUCUUCUCGGGCGUGCUGAUCUCGGCCGACUUCAAGCACUGGUUCCCCGAGACCAAGCAGGCCAACAUCUCGGGCAUCACGUCCAGCUGUUUCUCGCUCGGCGCCUUCUGCGGCGCCAUCUUUGCCUUCACGCUCGGCGACAAGCUCGGCCGCAAAAAGACCAUCGCGCUCGGGCUUGUCGCCAAUGCCGUGGGUGCGGUUCUUCAGAUCGUCUCGUGGCAUCUGCCACAGAUGAUCAUCGGCCGUGUCAUCAACGGCUUCGGCAUGGGUCUCACGUCGUCCACCUGCCCCGUCUACCAGGCCGAGUGCUCCCGCCCCGCCGUCCGCGGCAAGCUGGUCGUCGUACAAAGCGUGUGCAACACCGCGGCUUUCUGCCUGGCCAACUGGAUGAACUACGGCCUGUAUUUCUCGGGCGGCCCGCUGCAGUGGCGCUUCCCGCUGGGAUUCCAGCUCAUCUUCCCGGUUUUCGUCACCAUCGCUCUGCUGUUCGUUCCGGAAUCGCCCCGCUGGCUGCUGCUCCGGGAUCGCCACGAGGAAGCGCUCGAGAUCAUCGCCCGGCUGGAGGGCAAGGGAGUCAGCAUCCACAACGAGGCGGUCACGGCCGAGUUCCUGUCCAUCCGCACGGCCAUCCACAACGAGCGCAAGGAUCGAGCGCCCUUCAUGGAUGUCAUCACGUUCAAGGACAAGCAGCAGAACCUCAGGCGCCUGUUCCUGUCGAUGGGCACGCAGUUCAUGCAGCAGUUCUCGGGCGUCAACGCGCUGGGCUAUUAUCUGCCCACGCUUCUGCAGCAGAGCGUCGGCUUGGACGAGCAGACCGCGCGGCUCAUGACGGGCGUCAACGGCACCAUCUACCUGGGCGCUGCGCUCUGCUGCAUCCUGAUCAUUGACCGGUUUGGACGCAGAAAAAUGAUGCUCUACGGUGCCACCACCAUGGGUGCCUGCUAUCUCAUCGCAUCCAUGUGCCUCCGCGCCGCGCAGGCGGGCGACGCCGACAAGAAGCAGAUGGGCAACGUCACCACGGCCAUGUUCUUCCUAUACUACUUCUUCUACGGCACCAGCUUCGCCAAGGUGCCCUGGGUGUACAACUCGGAGGUCAACUCGCUCGGCUGGCGGACGCGCGGCGCGGCGGCGGCCACGGCGACCAACUGGAUGGGCGGCUUUAUCGUCACGCAGUUCACCAAGGUCGGCGUCGACAACCUCCGCUGGGGGUUCUACCUCAUGUUCGCCCUCUUCUGCUGGGCCUACUUCCCCGUUGUGUUCUUCCUGUACCCGGAGACGUCGCGCCGCACGCUCGAGGACAUGGACGAGCUCUUCAUGUCCUACCCGGGCGCCCUUGUCUUCAACAAGCCCGAGCUGACGCAGCGCCGCCGGCCCCAGGCUUUCAAGGACGCCGAGCAGAGACGCAUUGCCGACGGCGCGGCAACUGAUGAGAUUGGCGGCGCUGUGCUGGACAAGAAGGACCUCGAAAAUGUCAAGUCGGCGCACAUCGAACGGGAGACAGCUGAUGUUUGA